AUGGAUCUAUCAAAAAAGCAUUUGGAAGCGUCCAGCACUUCUCUCCUGGUGUGCACUGAAGUUAUAAUUCUUCUCUCCAGCUUCAACUUGCUGGGUCAUUACUUUCUUGGUUUAGCAACAGCAACCACUGUAAUCAGAGGAAAUGACACUGAUCAACGAGCUUUACUCCAAUUCAAAUCCAAGAUAACCAGUGAUCAGCUUAAGGUUAUGGAGUCUUGGAAUAGUUCCAUUCACUUCUGUCAAUGGUAUGGUGUAACAUGCAGUCGCAAGCAUCAGAGAGUCACCAAGUUGGAACUGCAACUCCUCAAAGUCUCGGGAUCUUUAUCACCUUACAUUGGAAAUUUGAGCUUUCUCAGGGAGUUGAAUCUUGCGGGUAAUAACUUCUACAACCAGAUUCCUCAAGAAAUUGGUCGUUUAAGAAGAUUGGAAAUAUUAGACCUGAUCAAUAACUCCAUCAGUGGUGAAAUCCCUUCCAACUUAUCUGCUUGUUCUAAGCUUACAUUUUUCCGUAUGAGAAGCAACCAGCUAACGGGAGAAAUACCAGGUUCGUUUGGUCUCUUGUCAAAGCUGAAAUUCUUGAGUUUUAUCAACAACAGUUUAACAGGGAGCAUCCCACCUGCACUGGGGAACUUGUCAUCACUGGAGGAACUUUAUUUCACAUAUAAUGCAUUAAGUGGGGUUCUACCUGAAGCUCUUGGACGACUGACAAAUCUAACACAGUUCUCGGCAGAUGAAAAUGCAAUAUCUGGUAUUAUUCCGACCGUAAUGUUCAAUCUAUCCAAUAUUAUAGCCUUCUCCAUAGGGGGAAACGAGAUUCAAGGUACUCUUGAUCCUAACUUAGCAAUCACUAUGCCAUAUGUUGGAGCCCUUUCUGCGCUUUUGUGGCAUAGAGUUAUGGGGAGUAAAGUUCUUUCAUCGGGCAUAAGGGUUCUCCAUAUUUGCGUGUAUACUCUCAUUGUGCCAAAAAGGAGUGUCGUAUUGUUGAAUGGAACACCACUAGAACUUUCAGACUCGUUGGAGAUACCAGAGUUGAAGCCGAAGCUUGUGGAUGGUUUGACACCCAUUAGAAUCGCUGCUCAUUCAAUCACAUUUAUAACCAUAAGAGAUUUCAAUGCACCUGCAUGUUCUUAG